AUGCCCACCAACAAGGCUCCAGGCAAAGAUAAAGUAAGCAUGCAUGCGCAUUAUUAAGGACUGCUUACCAGUCAUCCUCGGACCAUUAACAGAUAUUAUUAAUGCUUUACUGACGUCUUCUGAGUUCCCACAAUCUUGGAAGGAGGCAGAAGUUAUUCCACUAAUAAAGGAGGGUGAUCAUGAACUGCCGCACUGUAAAUUUCAGGGAGUUAAUUUAACUCCAGUGGUAUUAUUCUGAACCUAAUUUUACUCCACAUUUGGAGUUAAUUGAGGUACAGUAUAACUCCACCGGAGUUAAGUUAACUCCAUGAAAUUAACAGUGCAUCCAACAAUCGUCCCCUUUCCUUAAGCCUGGUUUCCAUUAAAUCGUAAUUAUCGCAAGAACCGCAUCGCAAGGGUCGCAACGAUUUUAAAAACGCGGAAAUUUUAAUAAAAACUGCGAUUUAUUGGAAACUUGAGUCACACAGAUCACUAAGACUCUUACGACAAAGUCGCAAAGAUAGACUUACUGCGAUUUUUGCGAUAGCGAUGUCUGCGUUCCGCGACUAUUGCGAUGAUUACGAUUUAAUGGAAACUAGGCUUUACUUAUAGUUGUGUCAAAAAUUUGCGAGAAGGUCGUUUUAUGCCAAUUUACAACAUUUUUGUUCUAUAAUGAAUGUCUGACAUCGUAUCAAAGCGGUAACAGAAGAUAUUCCUCGGAAACUUUGAACGUUUUGGUUGAUGAUACCAUAUUGGAAGCUAUGGACCAGAAAUCUGUAACUGCACUUAUAGGUUAAAAUUCCUAUUGUCACUUUAUCAAUUUGAUCAGAUAAUUGAUAAACCCACUAGGGUAACUAGAACGUCAGCAACUUUGAUCGAUCUGGCAAUCACGAAUAAGAAACAAAAUAUUGUAAAAUCCGGAGUACUUCAUCUAGGUUUAUCUGAUCACAGUUUAAUUUUUGUGGUCAGAAAACAUUUUAAGAUCACGUCUCGACAAAAUGUUAAGUAUGCUCGUAACUUCAAAAAAUUUAGUGAAACUGACUUUCUCAAUGAUCUCUCACAAAUUCCGUGGGACAAUGUGACAUUUUACGACGAUCCCAGUAUUUCAUAUCAAUUAUGGCGGUCACAUUUUUUGCAAGUAUUGGAUCUGCAUGCGCCGCUGAGGCGUAUGAGAGUUCGUGGCAAUUCUCUCCCAUGGAUUACCUCGAAAGUAAAGGAGUUAAUGCGAGAGAGAGAUUUUCACAAAAAGAAGGCCGUAAAAAAUCAUUCGAACAUGCACUGGAUCAAGUUUAGAGCAAUUAGGAAUAAAGUCAAUUCUGAAUUAAAGAAGGCUAAAAAAAACUACUUUUGCAAUAAAAUCGAAGAUUGUGCCAGGGCAAAGGACCCUAAGCAAAGUUGGAAAUUAAUAAACAAUCUUUUAGGCAAAAAUAAUAAAUCAAAUAAUAUUUCUCAACUUAAAGUUGAAGACGUUAUUAUUUCUGACGACAUAAAGAUAGCCGAGUCCUUUAAUGAUUUUUUUGUGAAUAUCGGAGCUAAACUAGCUAACGAAAUCGAGAUCAAUUCCACUGAUUUCACUUCAUUUCAAAGUGUUCCUUCCAAGCCAGAUAUUCAGUUUAAGUUCUCUGAAAUAAGUACACACGAAGUGUGUCUUCAAUUACGCAAUCUUAAAACAUCAAAAUCAACAGGUAUUGAUACAAUUCCAGCGAGAGCACUUAAAAUUGCUGCUGAAAUAAUUAGUCCGUCACUAACGUGGAUAUUUAAUUUAUCAAUUAAAACUGGAAUUUAUGUGGAAGAAUGGAAAAAGGCUUGGGUUUUACCAAUUUAUAAAUCUGAAGACAGACAAAAAUGCGAAAAUUAUCGUCCAAUUUCCAUUCUACCAAUUAUAAGUAAAAUCUUUGAACGUUUAGUCUUCAACCAAUUAUACAAAUAUCUAAAUGAACACUCCCUGCUUUCUAAGUAUCAAUCCGGCUUCCGUCCAAAGAACUCAACUUUGUCUGCACUUAUUCAAAUGUGCGAUGCCUGGUACACUAACAUGGAUAAUGGAGACUUGAGCGGUGUUGUUUUUCUUGAUAUUCGGAAAGCGUUUGACUCAAUUAACCAUGAUAUUCUAUUGCGUAAAAUGAAAGAACAAUUUGGAGUUUCAAAUAUCGAAUUUAAAUGGUUUGAAUCCUACAUUUCUAAUAGGGAACAAGUGUGCUUUGUCAAUGGCACGAUGUCAACACCUAGAAAUCUCGUUUGUGGAGUCCCUCAAGGGUCUAUUUUAGGCCCACUUCUAUUCCUGCUUUAUAUUAAUGAUCUCCCAAAUAAUCUCAAGAAUACAAUCCCGUGCUUAUAUGCUGAUGAUACACAGAUUUUUUCAUCUGCUAAUUACUAUCAGCACCUCGUUUUCAAUUUGAACAGUGACUUGAAUAACAUAAGUCAAUGGCUCAAACAAAACAAAUUGCAACACCAUUCAUCCAAAACUAAAGUAAU